AUGCGCGCAGCAGCAACAAAUGCCCCUGCUGACGCAAAGAGCAGGUUUAAGUCUCAGCAUGAUAUUCACAUGGCUUCCAGACAAGUCAAAUAUCGAGAAAUGAAUCACGAAGAGAAGAAAAAACAGGACGAGUGGGUACGUGACUUCAUUCAGUAUGCCGGGCCAUGUCCAGCCGGAUUCAGCUGGGAGCGAGUAAAGUAUGGAUACGUCUGCAAUGGUGGAAAUCAUUUAUGCACGGAUGAUCUCCUCGCUGAAGGUAAAGGCGGAUUUUAUGUCGGAACUCUCGAUGCUGGAUGGUGGGGCCCAACUUAUGACACGGACGUUAUUGGUCAAUACAGAUUUGCAGAAGCUAAGGUCUGGAAGUACGCUCAAAAACACGGAUUAGAUCCAAAUAUUGCUCCUGUCAUCCCAAAGCCAGACUUACCAGCAACUGGUGAAAUUCACCCAGGCAUUGCAAAAGCAAUGGCAGGAUUAAGACCCAUGCCGCAGGCCCUCUCAAUUGAUGAGACACAUUCCUUAUUUACGGUAGUAGGGUAUCCUGAGAGAAUGGAACUUGCAGCGAGCUCCAGAGGCCAUCGUAUCCCUGCUGGACUAUCCCAUCAUUCAUCUGGUGCAUCGCAUCAGUUAAGCACUCUAUAUGGACCAGGAGGCCUGCCAAAUAGACUUACAAUGAAUAUGGGUAAUGGUUCUUUAUCCCAAGCAGGUCAGAUUCCACAUGGAUUUGGUUUGCCAUCUUAUAUGGGUGGUCCAAGCGGAGGUGGAUCUUGUGGGAAUGGAUGUUGUGGGCACAGACAUUGA